AUGCCAGUUUUUAUGCACAAAUACAUCGAUCGGAUCGUCAAUGUGGUUGGGGACGGUAAUUGUGGAUUCCAGACCGUAUUGGCUUUGCUUGGUAAGGGAGAGGAUGACCAUAAGCUUGUCCGUCUUGAACUUAUCGAAGAGUUGAUGAACCAUAAAGACUCGUACAUGGGGGUAUUUGGAGACGAAAUCAAAUUUGAAUCGGUGAAUGAAGCUUUUGUUCCUUGUUUGGAUGCUUACGCACCGAUUUCAAAAUGGAUGAGAUUCACAAAAAUAGGACAUCUUAUUGCAUGUGCAUAUGGCAUGGUAUGCAUUGAUUUGACACGAUAUUGUUUUUCGGGAACCUUUUUUCCGCUCUGCACCACACCUCCUAUAAAUUUUGAUGAUCAUACUAUGUGUGUUGGAUGGCUCACAAAAUCAAAACAUUUUGUGCAAGUUUAUUUGAAACCGGGAUGCCUCGUACCACCUACGUCACUGGAAUGGGCCCUUCAUCAUACUGAAGCUGCCGAUACGUGGCCGGAUCAUUUUGUGGAUAGGAUGCACAAUUUUGAAAGGUCGAACAACAUCAAAAAGGAAUCAAAUGCUGAAAAGUCAAUAAUAGAACCUCUAAUAGAUUUAGCCGGCGAGAGUUCUUUUGAUGUAUUUUUCUAUUUUCAAAGUGUAAUAUAUGCACUCUAUAACAUUGCAAUAUAA